AUUUUGAACAGACGGAGAACAGAGUGGUUGUGUGUCGCUUCCCAGGCACGAAGAAGGACCUUUAUGAGCAACUGAUCCUCACUUUGCUGCAUUCUGAUCAUGUAUUGAGUAUGUUUUUUGGAUAACACGUUUAGAUUGUAGUUGUGUGGUUGACUAAAGAUGAGUUCACACGUUAUAACCCCUGGACCUUAUCGAGCUACAAAACUGUGGAAUGAGGUGACCCGUCUCUUCCGUGCUGGUAUGCCACUAAAGAAACACAGACAGAAUUUCAGACAUCAUAGUUCAUGCUUCACUGCCAACGCGGCCGUGGACUGGCUUCACCAACUCCUGCGUAACAACAGCAAUUUUGGUCCUGACGUAACCCGGCAACAGACCGUACAGCUUUUGAAGAAGUUUCUGAAGAACCAUGUGAUCGAAGAUGUCAAAGGUCGGUGGGGUACAGAGGAAUUCGAGGACAACAAUGGGCUUUACAGAUUCCCUUCAACAUCACCCUUGAAGCCAAUUCCAUGUCCAUCCCAAGUUCCAGGAUCAAUCCCUGGCUCAGUCAAGAAAAAGCACUCGUUCAGAGACAAAGAUGGAUUCUUCAAGUUUAGAACAAUUAGAAAACAAGAAAAAGAUGCACAGACACAGGAAAAUGUGGACCCUGCUCUCUACACAGAUGAGGAAGGAGCUGAGCACACGUCACAGAGGCGAGAGCUGACAGUGGAGGAUGAACACACGAUCUGGAAAGACAUCACUCUGACCCAUUUACAGAGGAUUCUCGGUGUUGCAUCACUGGGUGAAGUUUUAGAUUACCACUUUGUGAAUCCGCAAAACAUCAUCCAUAACAUGACCAAAGUGAACAAACAUGGAGUGGUUACACUGGAUGACAAAACAAAUGAUCUUCCGCAUUGGGUUUUGUCUGCUAUGAAAAGUUUGGCUAAUUGGCCAAAGUAUGACAGUGCCCAGCCAUCCUAUCCAGGCUUUGAGAGAGAUGUAUUUAAAACAGUAUCUGACUACUUCUACAGUCUUCCACAGCCAUUGCUCACAUAUGAGUUGUACGAGUUGUUUAUCAAUGUUUUGGUGUUUUGCGGUUAUGUUGCGCCUUCUACUCAGCAACUUGGGAAACGCAAGAAGCCCGACCUCCCCUCUCUGCCCCCACCGGCCAAGGCAUCAUUUCGGUCCACAGAGUGUCUGCUCCUGUCGCUGCUCAGGCAGGGAGGGUGCGAUGAGGCAGAAUCCCCAAUGAGAGAGGUGCUUGGGAUCCAGCUGCAGAACAGAGGUUUAAGUGAUGCUCUGUCAGGAGGAAGCUGCAUGAACCUGAGCACUAUGAAUUUUUCAAGACCCCAGACCCGGAGUUACUCCUUGGAGACUAUUUUAGAUGACUCUCUGAGUCAGAAAAAACUUUUUCAAACUAGCGACAGUCUGGAAUUGUCUGCUUCAAAUACGAGGAGUGAAAGUUCUUCGCUGACAACACCCAGCAGUUACUCAGACUUUACAUACAACUCUACCCCUAGUACCUCUGGGUGUGCUCUGGAAGUAUGCUCCAGAAAAAGACUGUCCCUCUCUUCUAUGAAAGGGCUUAGAUCAUCUCAGAGGAUGCGCCCCUUGAGGCCUUGCAGUGUGGGGAGUUGUUUGGAUAUUGUUGUAGAAACAAGAGAGGAGGAAGCUAAGGAGAGCAGGUUUUCAACACGAGCAGCCAGCUGCCUGGACGUGAGAGCUCCAGCUGCCCUGCCACCCCCCUCCUUGCCCCCCUGUCCUGCUUUUACCCCUCCUGCUCUUGCCAAAGCACACGGGCCCUCUGCUGCCACAGGACCCCGACCCGCCGCCAGCACCUCCAAUCUGCAGACCCCCCGACUUCCCACUGUCACACGCCGCUGCAUCAGCUCACUGGAUGUGUCCAAGCCGCCACCCCCAAUGUCACUGUUCAAACGACCUCUUCCCCAGCCCAAACCUGAGAACAGCCUUUUACAGCCUCAGUGUGAACGCAUGGCCAUCGAAGCCCUGCAGCUGUGCACGCUCCUGCUGCCCCCCACGUCCCGCCGAAAACUACAGCUCCUAAUGAGGAUGAUGUCACGGAUCAGCCAAAACGUGGACAUGCCCCGCCUCCACCCAGCCAUUGGCACUCGCACACUGAUGGUGCACACGUUCUCCGGCUGUGUGCUGGGCAGUGCAGAGGAGUGUGACUUGGAUGAGCUUUUGGCAACCAGAUUGGUGUCAUUUUUCAUGGACCACCAGCAGAGCAUCCUUUCAGUCCCAGAGUACUUGCUUACAGCUAUUGGGGACCAUAUUCGGUAUCUACGCACAGUACAGGUUCCCAUUGGCCCUGUUGGUGAUGUCGGGGGUGAGGAAGAGGUCUCUGUGCCUCUGCCCAUCUACGCCUUCUGUCGUCAGAUCAGUGGAGCAGAGUUUGAACAGCAGAAGAUCGAAUCCUUACAGCAGGCCAUGGAGGAGCUACUGGAGACACUGCUGACUGACCAAAAUAUGAGUGAGAAGGAUAGACGGAAAAAACUUAAACAGUUUCAGAAGCAAUACCCCGACAUCUACAGUCGGCGAGUCCCUGCCACAGACCAGAAGAACAAGCCAAAGAUCAAACCUCCGCUCCUCAGCAUCAAGAAGACCAAAGUUUUUAGUAUCAGGAAUUAAAAUAUAUUUUUUUAAUUUUUUAAUAGAGUUUUUUUAAGGUGAUGGACUGAAGACCCUGUUUUUUUUUAUUACAUAACAAGCGGUUUUAGUAAAUGUUACAGUUUUUAGUUGUAAACUGUAACUGGUACAUUUGUGAGUAUCGUUAUAAUUGGCUAGACAUUAGAAUCAGCAUGAAAACAUUAUAUAUGCAAUUUUAUGUUUUGGCUUAUUUUAAUUUAUAAAACAAAAUUGGGAGAUUUUACCAGUUUAAGCUUGAUUAUUCAGAAUACUGUAGUGUAUUUACCUGUUUUCUUUUUGUGUUGUCAUUACUUUCUGUAAAAUGUUUUGCACUAUAUAUAUAGGCUUUUUUCGUGGCCAGUUAGAUUGCUAUUCUGAAAAUGUUUUAUUUAUAACUAUUUAAUGUUAAUACAGUGAAAGAGGUUUUGGUUUCACACUCCCAAGUCUAGUUAAAGGUAGAAGUCACAUAGGGAUCAUAUUAAAUGUUCAUAUUGGAGCAGUAAAAGCCCCACUUCAAAGUCAUUUAGGUAAAACCAAUAUUUUGUUGAACGCUGUUGUCAAGUUUAGUUUAUUCCCAUUUAAUCCAUGACUCAAUAUUUUUCCGUAAAGACUGGUGUUAUGAAGUAUUUGUUUGACUCCUUGUUUUACCUCAUUUUAAUGUUUGUGUUACAUUCUCUCAUACUAAUGUUUAGAGAUUUUUCAUGAGACUAAUUCAUUUACAUUUUUACUAUGCAAUAUUCUGCAAAAUAAAUUUGUUUAGUAAUGUUUGCCAGACAACUUUCCUAUUGUUAUUGUUUUUUUAAUACAUUUUAAAAAUAUGCAACUGUGUAGAUGAAGGCCAGCUAAAAUUGAUAUGGCUUAAAUUCAGAUUUUUACUCACAAGGGCCACUGUAGGCUGUAACUCAUGCCAAAACAAGAGCAAAAUUACAACAAUCUCAACUCACUAGUCUCCAGUCUCCAAAACAGACCAGAAACUCACCACUACAUCAACUUAUCGGCAUAGCAACCAAGUGUCACAUACAAAAGCAGUUACAUUAACGGCACAUAACAAUAACAAAAGGUGCCAGACAACUUCUCUAUUGUAAUUGUUUUUUUGUUUUGUUUUUUCAUACAU